AUGUCUGAGCAUUCGUCAUCUAUGGAAUGGCGACUUGAGGCAUUCGAAAUAAGACCAUCUUUAUGGAGACUAGUUGAAGAAUUUGUCCCUGAAACUGAACGAUUAGAGAUAAAAGAAGCUUUGGGAGAAGAUUUAGUGGAAGAAACUUUGGAUUUGCAAAAGGAGGUUGGUUAACUUUUUGUCUAUAGCUAAUCUUGCUUACAAUGAAUGUACAACUUGUUACACAAAACUACAAAAAUUUUCCUUGAAUAAUGUAGCUUAUUAAACAAUUGUUGUUAUUUACACAAAAUAGCAAAGUGACUCUCAAGCGUUUCCUCACACAGGCAUCAACACUGCUUGAAAUUUGGCAAGAUUACCGAGAAGAGACAGAAAAAGAAGCAAGAGGUAUAAAAUAAUAUCUAGUAAGUAAUGGUAAUUAACAGAACUGAGUGGAGUCCAAUUCGGUCUGUAGUCAUAUGAGUGAUUAACAAAAUCAGACGACCGCGUGGUGGGAGUCCGAUUUGUUUAAUGACGAGUAUGAUUACAGACUGAAUUGGAUGACACAAAGUUCUGUUACCAAUUAAUCAUAACUUUAACAAAAUUUAUGAUAUAUAAGGCCCUUUUUUGAAUCAAGACAGAAGAAAUUCCAGUUUUUUUUUUUACUAGUAGUGAAAAAAAGCCAUUUAAGCGCACGCGUGAUGGUGCGUACUGUCCAAUUACUUAGGCAUGACGCAUACUGUCCUAUUAAAUUGUCCAAAAAAAAAAAAUCAGGGCAGUUGAUGGCCAAUCUGAUUUGAGAAUUUUGUUACAGUUAUGAUUAAUAUCCAAAUUUGAAUUAUCUAUGGUAGAAUAGUGCAGGGCGCAAAUGAUGCCAGAGUGAUUAAUUUGCAAUGUUUGUAAGACUUUUGUCAUUUUGUUCAUUAGACAAACUUGACAUUUAAAUGGUAAAACUUGAAAGUCGGACAAAAGUGAGGAAUUGCUGAUGUUAUUUGUUUGUCUGAGUUUCAGGUCUGUAAAAAGUAACUGUGGGCAUGGUGCAGUGCUAUCCCCUCAAGUUAUCCUUAAAUGAAUGCUAUUAUAUAACCUGCCAACUGGUAUGCAUUGUGCUUGAGUUUCAUGCCUGUGGACUAAAGACAAUAUUCUCAUCCAUCAAGGACAAUAAUUUGUCAUUUUUGACUCACAAAUCCGGAUGUUUUUUUUAGCCAUAAGUACAGUGUACCAACAAAAAUUCAUUUCCAAUUUCCUGAAAAUGUUCCAAAAAAGUGCUUUAUAAAUUAUUGGCUUUGUGUCCUAAAUGUAUCACAAAAGCAAAAUUGUCAUCUUUAAAUAGCUUCGAAAUGCUCACAUCUACAGACAUUUUCGGCAAAGUUUGGAAGUCUUUGGAAAAUUAUUGGAAAUAUUCGGAAGUAGCUGGGACGUUUUUGGAAAUUCUAGUUAUGAUGAUGAAAAUUUCGUGCAUUUGACUUGGAAAAAGUUGGCUGGUAUACCUUUACUACCUUUCACCUGAUUUAUGAAAUUUUAUAUUACAUGUAUGUUGUUUUUAACAGAGCAAGCUCUAAAAAAGCAUUUGAGCAGACUUCCCGAACCUCCAAUGAUAAGAGAUAAUCUCAAAAAAGAAAUCAAAAUGUUUGUUGAAAUGUUGCAGCAAAGAGCAAAGGAGGAAGGAAGGUAUGAGUUUUACAAAUUGUGACUAUAGUACAGGGUGCAAAGAAAAUCAUUUUUACAGCUUGCCAUUCAGGCAAGCUGAAGCUAGCAUUUACUAGCCCAGACAUCAUUUCAACUAGCCCCAAAAGCUCUUUGACAAGCAGAAUAAUUCUGAUUUCACAGUUCUUCUGUUAUUCGAAUUCUUCAAAAAACGUCACUUGCCCAUCAGGCAAGUUAAAAACAUAAUUUACUGGCCCGAUGGUAAAAUCAACUAGCCCCAGGCUAUUGGACACUACUUUCUUUGCACGCUGAUAGUAUGUUACAAGAGAUAUUUCAUCUGACCUUUUAAUACAGAUCAGAAAAAAAUGUCAUGUGAAUCUGAAUUACAGUGCAGUUUGUGUGGCAAAAGACUGCAAAGGGGGAGGGUGCUCUCAGUUUAUGGGGAGGUAUGAGACUGAGCUUUGUAUAUUAAAGUAAAAGUCCUGUGGACAAGAGAAUGAUGUCUGAGGAAAGACUGCAGAAAUUCCAUACUGAUGACAUGUCGCUAAACAGACCUACAGGGUCUACAGUGUAGGUAGUGCUUCUGAUUCAAAGUGGAAAGUUUCCCUUGAGGCACGACUGAUCAAAAGCACUAAAAAGAUAUGACUGCAAUUACAUAUCAUCAGUAAGGAAUCUCUGUGCUUGUUUCUCUGACAUAUUAUUUCGUGGGGAAAACAGUCAAUCAAUCAGUCAAUCAAUACCUUCAUUUAAGUGUCAAUCUAACAUAGCAGUAGAGGAACCACUAGAUGGGGAGACUAUAAUUAAAAUAAGCAACUAUUGUGGCAACUAAAAUCGAAUUGAUAAAACUAUUUUGACUAGAGACCAAGUGUAAAAUUUAUAAGAUUAUAACAUGUGUAUAAUAUUAUUGCUGAAUUAAAAAAAAAACUAUUCACAAGUGUAUACGAGCUUAGUGAAAAUAGUAGUGUGUUCAUUCUACACUACAUAGAGUGCAAUCUGAGCUCUGAGGAUUGUGCUGGCCUUGCAAAAUGUCAGCUGUUCUCUCAGUUAACUUGAAGGGGAAGCCAAAUAAUUGCCUGGAACUAACCCUAAAGUAUCCUGUGCUGAUAUUUCAAAGAGUAGAAAUACUCAGGUCAAGCUAUUAGGACAUUGCUAGACACAUCACAGAUUGUCCAACCUGAUCUCAUCAGGAUUCUUGCAAUUGUGCUUGAUAAUUCCAAAUCCCAAUCAAUAUGUGAUUGCCAUAUAGUGACCCUGGUGUCUUGUCAUUGUUUUGAUUAUAGCUUGGAAAGAUUGUUUUUUAUAAUAUACUAUAAACUGCCAUUAUCGUCUUAAACUGUACAUUUAUUUUUGUAUAUGUUCAGUCUUUGUAAGUGUGAAAGUUUCUUUGUCUAAUUAUUAUUGUCUUGUUUUCUUUAGAAAUGCAUCCUCCAUUUUGAGCAAAGAAGAAUCCAAUAUAGUGGAAUAUGUUUUCGACAAUAAAGGUCAGUGCAGGUGUAUUAUAGAAUAAUGCAAUUUACAGAGCAAAAUAGAAAUCUAUUUGCAAUGUGUUUCGUCGUAAACCCAUAAUGAAAAAUGGCAGAAAAUUGAAAUUUUUCAUGCCCUAAUGCCUCUGCCAUGGCACUUGGCUAUUUACAUGUAGUGGAGUUUACAUGUACAUUAUGCAACAAUAUUAGUACUUAAUAUAUUAUUACGCCAUACAAUGCGAGUUAGCGUUGGUGAAUUACUAGAAGUGAGUUUCAGGAUCUUGGAUUUUCAACCUCUAGCUGGCCAGCAAGAUUAUGAAUUGCCAAUACUUAACAGGCAGGAUCUUACAUUGCAGCUUUUCAAUGUCUUGCCAGCAAGAUCUUGGAUUUUUUAACAUACUGCAGACAAGAUCUUAAUCUUGCAACACCUUACUUUCAAGAUCGCAAAUUUUCAGGAUCUUGCUGGCAGUAUCUUGAAUUUUUAAGAUUGUGUACUCUCUGUUUGAAAACUCACUGCUGUCAGUUAAACCCACAAAGGAGAACUUGCCAUUGUGGUGGUCUAUUUUUGAGAAGGCACAGUUCCACUUUAAUUAAUGUUUCCUUUUUAUAAGCACUGGUGUUAGAUACUAAUUAAUCCAUUUGGGCACCAUCAUGUAUUUGACUCUAUUCUGGAAUAAGAACAAAUGUAAUAAAAUCCAGAAAUUACUUGUUCUCAUUUUCACUACAUUGUACUAUCUUGAUAUCUUGUUUAAGUAGAGUAUUUCAAUACUGUAAAAAUACUGUACUUCAUUGAGAAAUUUCUUUUCCCAAUUAGCAAGCCGCCCCUCCAGCUCUUCCAGCCGACCAUCCACUGCACAUUCAUCAAGAGAUGGGCGUCAAACCCCCAUGCGAGCCACACCCAGUAGUGAUGGUAGUAGGUGAGUAUAAACUUAGUACAGCUGCUGAGCGAUUAUAUGCUGUGUGUCUCCAAAGCUCUUUGCUCUUCAAAGACAUAUCUGUUAACUUGGUCUUAAAAAUCUCUAUUUGGGUGAUCUAAAAGACCUUUUGUACAGCAGUGAUUUUGUUACAAAUAGUUGUGGUGAGUCCUUGGACUCAUCUUGUGAAAAAUCACGAGUCGUAGUCCAGAACCAAUGAGUCCCAGUUAAGAAAAAAACUGGUCCGAAAUUGAAAAUACCUGGGCCUUUAUGUAACCAGACAGUUAACCUGAAGACAGACUCCAAAACUCUGUAUUACACUUCUGGUAGUCCUUCUGUUUUAAAGCACAACAAAGGCUGAAAGAAAUAUGCAUCGUUAAACAACAGCCAUAAUAACUGCCACAGAAAUUACAUGAACGGGCGGGAUAUUUCUACAAAUAGACAUGUUGAGAUCGAUCGAAUUGUUAGCAUGAUUCCGGAAUCCUUGAGCUGUAUUCUGGAUUCCAAAACCCACGAUUCCGGAUUCCACCAGAAAAAUUUUUCCGGAUUCUUGACUCCACAAACAAAACCUCCCGAAUUCUGGAAUCUGGUGUCCCUUACAUGGGGUGAAUAAGUCCUGGGCCAAUUUGAAGUUAUUAAUGAGGCUGGCUGAUCUGCAUUUGUUUCAGGUGUACUUCUUCUCUUAGUGAUCAUUUGGAAUCCAUGAAUGACAAACUUAACGCGCUUGAAAUUGAUAGAAUUACUGAUUAUUUAAGGUAGGGAAUUAUGUUGUUGUACAAACUCCAUCCAUGUACAGGAAACCGGUCGUUUCGCCUACAAGUCGAAUCGACCUGAGUGUGAAGAAAGAUCGGUUGUUGACACGCCUGAACUAGGUAACAGGUAAAAUUAAACUUGUUUUAGUUUAAUACUUAUCGAACUUCAAGCGCAACUGUGUUGGCGAAACGACUUUGAUCGUGUAGGCGAAUCGACCCGAGUGUAGGCGAAACGACUUGUAGGCGAAACGCCGACAUUCCAUGCACAGUGUACCAAGGAGAGCAAGGGUGGCGCAGUGGUGAGAGCACUCGCCUCCCACCAAUGUGGCCCGGGUUCAAAUCCCGGCGUUGACGCCAUAUGUGGGUCGAGUUUGUUGUUGGUUCUCUCCCUUGCUCCGAGAGGUUUUUCUCCGGGUGCUCCGGUUUUCCCCUCUCCUCAAAAACCAACAUUUCCAAAUGCCAAUUCGACCAGGAAUCAGGUAGACGAAGAACCACUAUGUGGAUGUGCUACCUGCAAAUCGUUAUUUAUUUUAUUUAUUUAUUUAUUUUAUUCAAAGAAUGAUAGUCUACACUGUAGUAGAUGUACGUUUAAACCACUGACUUGAACACUCGAAAAAUGGAAAAUUAAAAAUCCCACUAUUGUGUAUAAUCUUUAACGAGCUCUUCAUUUAAUGUAUUUUGACCAUCGCAGAUGUAACUUCCUGAAUUUUAUAAUCGUUAAAUUAAGAUAAGUUACAGACCUUUAUAUUGUUACUUGAAUUUUGCAGGCAGCUGUUAGUAGAAGAAAAAGAAGGGCUUGUCGGAGACAUUGCUUUUUUACAGGUAAAGAUGGGUCUUUUGGUCGUUGUUUGUCAUGUCAUAAUGUACAUACAUGUUAGCCUUUAGAACAGGCGUUAUCUCAUUUUUGCCUUUUUAUUCCCUUCCCCCGUUGCCCGUUGCGCUCCUCACUCGCUUCGCGCUUGCCUAAAAAAACGACAAACCGUCUUUUCUACAGGCAUAUUGUCUAUCCUUUCCUUAUGCAGAAUGUUGUGGCAGUCUGUUUGGCAUUAAAUAUAUGAUUUCACGAGAUUUGAUCUAACCGGCAUUCCUACGACUGUUACGGUAUCUUUAAAUCUUAAAGAAACAACAACAACAACAACACAGCAUUUCUUCUUUUUUAGGACUGCUUGAUGGAAGAAUCAGAUUACAGAGGAAGUAUCACAUCAUCUCCUGACCCAGAACCGACUCUAAGAGGUGCAACCUUAUACUUUAAGACGUUAAUAGUUGCCUGACAUUCGCGCGCGAAAACAUUUUUACUUAAAAACCAACGUUCUGAUUUCAUGUUUUGGCUUUGCUUUUAUCACCAGCAUUCAAAUUUUAUAUUAUUCUUGUUAUCCCGAAAGAAAAGCGUUAACAAACCGUACCCGCCAUAUCAUAUCAUGGUCGAGUGCGGGUUAUGUAACAGGGGCACCCAACGGCAAUUUUCGGGAAAAUAUCUGUUCGGAAGACGAUUUGAGAUCUAGAAUUUUCAGAGCAUUUUUUGUAAAAUUUCUUGCUUGCCUGCCUCUCCUAGGAUUUUCGAACAUAUACAAAAUGGUAUAAUUACCCAUUUUUAACGUAUUUUGACCCUAAAAAAGGCCACCUAGAAUUUUCGGGAGCCUUUUCCUGGCUGAAAUUUUCGAGAAGGUAAGUUUUUAUCCCUAAAUUUUCGGAUCACUAGACUUUCAGCUAGGAAAUCCGAACAGAUGAAAAGUUUUUAGGGGAUAAAAAUAUGCCUAUAUCUAACGUUUGAAUACUAAAUUACGUUCAACAAUGCUAUGUUAAGUGGUUUUGAACUAUAUUCUCGUUGGGUGCCCCUGAUGUAAUUGUGUUGCUUGUUCGAUUUUUUUUUUGCAGAUUUACGUGAUUUAGGAACUAAGCUCGAAAAAGAACUUUUACAUAACGAAGCAGGUGUAAUAACGUAAGUAUAUGGGUAAUGAGGAAAACAUCUGAUCUUUUGGGUUUUGGUCAAGUCGUUGUUCUUUUACAAUCAUUUCUCAAGCAUCUUACCACUGUUGCGGCUUAAAAAAGAUCCUACCAUCCAUCCCUUCCCCUUUCCCGCCUACUUAGCAAAUUCUUACCCGUUGUCUCUGUGUUCGUAUCACAGGCAACACAAGCGAAAACUCUCGGAAUCCAGAAGACAGUUUUCUUUGGAACGGAAGCCUUCUUUGACUAGACGAGUAUCCGCCGGGUCCGAAUCUCAUGUCGUUCCCAGACCUCCUCUGACCCCGCAUGACCGUCAUGUUCAUACUGUGGUAGCUAAUCGCACGCUCACAAGUAAACACGCUGAUGCGAACGUUCUUUCCCGGGGACAAUUCUCUCCUUCGCCGCCUUCGUCUGCCAAUCAAAUUAGAAUGACACCAUCUCCACCCAGUUCGGCUAAAACCGGUCGGCCAAACUCAGCUGCACGGUUUCGGAAAAUGGUCGUAGAAUGUCGGGAUAGCGGACGCUAGGCGAGAUAUACUGGUAUCCUCGACAGUAAAAGUCAUCCAGAGACGCGUGAGCUGUCUUUGUGUCGCAUUCCAGGUUUCCACAGAAGUCUGUAAAACCCUUGGAAACGAUCCUCAAGUUUGCUCCGAAAAUAACCGCAGUCCGUGAAUAUAUCUGUUCUGUCUACAUUUCUUAACACUGACAGUAACAUGAUCCCGCAUUAUUUUUAACCUGAGAAAACGGCCGACUUGUUGCGACUCCACCACUGGUUUUUCCGCGAAAUAAAAUUUGUGGAACGAGCGCAGAAAUUCCAUACUGAUGACGCGUCACUACCCAGAUCCCGGCGCGGGG